CCCACACAACAAAUUUAUUAUCCCAAAUUUACUCCUGGACUCUGGAACAUCCUUCGUCUAAAUACAGUCAAUAAUUCACCGGAAAAAGCAUUUAUUCGACCAUAAAUAUGGUUAAAAUCGGUCUCCAGAUCAAGGCGACACUCGAGAACAUUGCUGAGCUGAAAACCUGCUAUCCUAAUUAUGCAUUUUUCUUGCGCAUAAAGUGCACCAACUGCGGUGAAAUCUCGGAGAAGUGGCACGACAUCACCGAAGGCGAACACGUCAACGAGGAUACACGUAAUCCGAAGGGAUUCAAUUUCUACAUGAAGUGCCGAAUGUGCAGCCGGGAAAAUAGCGUCGACAUCGUUGAGGGAAGCAAUGCAAGCUAUACGGCUGAAGAUUCCGGUAAACUGAAGUGCAUCGUUGCAUUCGAUUGCCGGGGUGUGGAACCGAUCGAGUUCAGUCCCCGUGCCGGUUGGAUUGCCAAGGCUAGCGACAAUGGACCCCUGUUCGAGGACGUUGAUCUAUCGGAAGACGAUUGGGUGGAAUACGAUCAGAAGAACAAGAAUUCCGUUGGAAUUUAUGAGUUCGAGUCUGAAUUUAUCAAAAUGAAGAAGUAAAACAAGUACUGCGGUUUGAUAACGAUGCGUUCCUUACUUACAUAUGCCGAUGUUUCUUACUUGAAUAAGCAAUAAAAUACUC